GGAUCAGCUAAGUCCGAUCGACCGAUCUCUUUCAUCCCGCCUGUUAUCUUCCGUUAUCGACGCUUUUGAUCUUGGCCCUCCACAUUUUCCCGGCCUUGUCCCAGGCCUCCUAGGAGGAGCACUAGCUUAUAUUCCUUUCACUCCUCCCCAUGCUUUAUGACUCCAUUCCAAUCUCCUCGCCUUCCAUGGCCCCUCACCACGCCAUGCCCACGCCGCCUUGGCCACUCACUCCUCCCGACGUCUCAGGGCCCCCACCAACAGUCGCUAAAGAUGUUUCCUCCAUUGUAACCGCAAUUCAUGUCAUGUCCACUGAGCGCGCUGCGCUUGAGCAUCUUGAACGACUGUAUCAGACAGAUUCUCGAGCGCAGCAAGAACUUGCGCGUGCGGUGGAUCAAAUUGCGCGCAGUGUACGCGAUGGCGGCAAAUUGGUGAUUUGCGGGGUGGGCAAAAGCGGCAAAAUCGGGCGCAAGAUCGAGGCAACUAUGAACAGCCUUGGUAUAUACUCUGCAUUCUUACAUCCGACCGAAGCCUUGCAUGGUGAUCUGGGAUUGGUCCGGCCGAAUGAUACAUUGCUUCUCAUAUCGUUCUCUGGUCGCUCACCUGAGCUACUAUCUAUGCUCCCGCAUAUCCCCGCUUCGGUCCCUAUUAUCGCUUUGACCUCGCAUACAGACCCAUUGGCAUGUCCACUUCUAUCUUUGCAUGGGCCUUUGGGCUCGGGAAUUCUUCUACCGGCUCCAAUUCAUGAGGGCGAAGAAGCAUCUCUGGGCGUUAGCGCUCCUACAUCAUCUACGACCGUGGCCUUGUGUCUGGGAGAUGCUUUGGCCAUUGCGACGGCACGAAAGCUACACACUGCGCCAGGCAAGGGACCUGCAGAUGUGUUUCGAAGCCAUCAUCCUGGAGGUGCAAUUGGAGCCGCAACUGCAGCCGCAGCUAUGGCGGAGACCCCAUGGACGACUCCAUCCAGUGCUGUGUCAACGACAACGUUCGAUUCCCCAUCCUCAUCUAUAUCUUUACAAUGGGAGGACCUGAAUAGCAGCGCAUCCAUUCCGCCCUUUACACUCCAACCCCCACCAGAGCAUGGCCUAAUCCCUUCAAAUAUACUCGUUCCUCUUAAUCAAAUCCCCACCGUGGCAUCGGCCACAGCAAAAGGCCCCGGCGACAUUCGAUUACUUGAUAUCCUUUUAGCGGCCAUUCAGCACCCUAAUGCGAAAUCAUGGGUAUUCCUUUCGCCAACUGAGAUCGCUCCGCCUCGCAUGAUUCGGUCUCUUCUGUCCCGGCAGACUGACGUGGACCUGUGCGUGUCUGAGGCUAUCGCUAAAGACCCCGAACAGCCACUCACCGUGGCCCGGGCCGAAUGGUGUCUAGUGCCAGAAUCAACCCCGCUAGCUGAGCUGCGGCGGUUGGUCUCCACAUCCCGAGGUGGAUCAACCCCUAUAGCUGUUAUUGCUGUGAUGAAAGAUAUCACCAAUCCUAGCAGCUGUGUAGGGGUGGUAGAAGCAGAGGAUCUUUGGGGUGAAUAA